AUGAAACUUCUCGUGUUGUGCAUUCUUAUCACAAUAUCUUCAUCGCUUUUUAUCGAAGAUUCAAGAAUUAAUGAGAUCGAGUGUUCAAUCGUUGCUAUUCUGACCGAUCAAAUUGAAGAAAGUACGGCCUGUAAUCUGAAGCAUCUGCUCAGAAAUGAUCCACUUUUCAAGCCACUCAUUCAAACUAAUGUGCACAAAAAGAGAAGCGCCUAUGAAAUCAUUGGAGUACACACAUGCGAGGAGAAUGAGCCAUGCAGAAUCGGGAGAACUCGUUCAUGCUUGUGCCAAGAAGAUUUUGUAUGUGACAAAACACCUGCCAACAAAAACGUACAUCUUUGUACUAAACUCGGAUAUUUCCGGCUUUUUGAAGCUAAUAAGAAAUAAGAAAAUAUUUCACUCUUGUACUGUAUGAACUGAUAAUCAUUUGCAUUUUGUCACAUUGGAUCUCUUUUUUAGUUUGUAUGUAUCACAUCAUAAAGGAAGGAAUAAUUACUUCGAUUCUGCCAUAAUAAAGAAUUUCUUUGGUC